AUGGCGUCUAAACGCAAGAUAGUCGACACGAACGGCGACAGCCAGCCCAAUACUGGGCAUGACCGCAAGAGGGGCAAGCCCGAUUUGCGUCAACCGCAUCCCAACGCGAAACAGACCGAGGAGUUUGGCAUAGUCCUGCGUGACUACUACCCCCCGGAGAUGAGUAACGAACGCUGCCAGGCCUACGCCGAUGGCACAAUCGAGCGGCCAAUCGAGACGUUGGAGAAUGCGUGCAAAGAUACGGUGGACACGCGCCGUGCUGUGACGCCGGGCAAGGCGGUGGUCCAUUGGUUCAAGAGCGACCUUCGCCUCCAUGACAAUCGGGCUCUUGGCACGGCUUUUCAGCUGGCGAAAGAUCACCAAAUCCCCUUGAUUGGAGUUUACAUCCUGUCUCCAGAGGAUUUCGCAGCGCAUCUGACAAGCCCGGCCCGAGUGGACUUAAUUCUCCGAACGUUGAAGCAGCUCCAACGGGACCUGGCAGAGCUUGAUAUCCCGCUGUAUGUAGAGACACAGGAGAAAAGAAAGGGGAUUCCAAGCCGCAUCGUGGACUUGUGUCAGGAGUGGGAGGCGAAGCACCUGUGUGCGAACAUUGAGUACGAGGUGGAUGAACUGCGACGGGACGCCCGGCUAGUCCGUCUGUGUGCCGAGAAGGACAUCGAUUUCACCCCUUCUCACGAUACCUGCGUCGUCACGCCAGGUGCCUUGGUCACCGGAACCGGCAAGCAGUAUGCCGUCUACACGCCGUGGUUCCGCUCCUGGCUGCGCUUCCUCAAGGAGAAUCCGGAUUAUCUGGAGCCGUCGGAAGAGCCGGGGUCCAACCCAGGCGACGCGCGGAAGCAAUUUCCUGACCUCUUUGGUUGCCAAAUCCCGGCCAUGCUAGGCAAUAAAAAGCUGUCGGAUGUGGAACGGAAACGGUUCGAGGACCUCUGGCCGGCGGGGGAACAUGAAGCCCUUCAACGGCUGGACAAGCUUCUGGAGGAAAAGUGUAGUUGGUAUGGUGAGACGCGCAGCUUGCUUUCCGGAGAGCACACCUCGGCCCUUAGCCCCUACUUCGCAUCGGGGGCGUUGAGUGCCCGGACCGCCGUGACGACGGCAAAGCGAGCCAACAAGAAUCAUCUGGACCGAUAUGAUCAAGGUUAUGCCUCAUGGAUCAGCGAGGUCGCUUGGCGGGACUUUUAUAAACAUGUGCUUGUGCACUGGCCAUUUAUCUGUAUGAACAAAUGCUUCAAGCCCGAACAUACCAAUAUCGAGUGGGAGUAUGAUACCGAUCAGUUUCAGGCAUGGUGCGACGGCAAGACCGGAUUUCCCAUCGUCGAUGCUGCCAUGCGACAGCUCAAGCACUGCGCCUGGAUGCAUAACCGCACGCGCAUGGUGGUUUCAUCUUUUCUGUCGAAGGACUUGCUAACCGACUGGCGCCGAGGUGAGCGGUUCUUCAUGGAGCAUCUCAUCGACGGCGACUUUGCGUCCAAUCAUGGCGGGUGGGGGUUUGGCUCCAGCACGGGCGUCGACCCACAGCCGUAUUUCCGCAUUUUCAAUCCGAUGCGACAGAGUGAGCGAUUCGACCCCGACGGGGAGUAUAUCCGGCGCUGGGUGCCCGAGCUGCGCGAUGUGAAGGGCACUGCUAUCCACGCGCCGUAUGACCGGGGUGCCGGGGGAACUGCGGAGCAAAAUGGCUAUCCGAAGCCGAUUGUGGAGCAUGCGGCGAGUCGCGAUCGGGCACUGGCGCGGUACAAGAGUGCUCUCCAUGGGUGA